AAGCAUAGAGGAGGACACAGGACGAAAAUACUACACACUAACGACCACAAAACAUGUCGAUGGUAACACAACAAACACUGACGAAAGUGACAAUGUAACAGCCUCUGAAAUUCGGUAUUGUAACUUUGCAAACCGCAAACACCUUGAAGACAGCAUGACCAAGAGGAGGCUAGCUCUUGCACGUGCUGUAACGGUGUACCUGGAAGAGGGUCGACUCCUGAGCUCAGACUUCCUCCUGCCGGCCGGAGAGGCAGGUUGUGAAACCGCUAUGUUAGCAUAUCUCCAGGGAAGCAAGAACGGGGUUCCUACCUGGGAUGAGAUGAUUGGGGGAAAUGAAUUUACCGUCAUCUUCGACAUGCCGUACGCCAUCCCCGGUAUCCUGCACGCUCAAGACGUGCUGGAGCUGAAGUUCGUGAGUCACAUGUGGUUUUCCUUAAGGAGAGGAGAUGUACCGCAUUUGUAUGACGGCUACAAAAACGGAGGAAGCGGAGAAAUCCAAGCGAAAAAGGUGAGCGUACAGGGUCUCGUCAUGACCUACGAUGACAACAUGGGUGUCUUCACCGUGACGAAUGAAGAUUUCGAGGCAUCUGUUCCUCUUGUUCCAGACCUACCCGAGUGGAUCAAAGGUCGCAGGGUCGCCAGAGCUGAGUAUAAAAAACUAUUGGACCAACUGAGCAAGAAACCGUCUACAACCGGAGACGUUCCUUGUAACGUUCAUUGGUCCAAUGCGCAUCGUUUUGACCCGACCAAUGGAGGGAAGUGCAUCCACUUCACUGCAGCGUCAGAAGGCGACAUCUUUGUUGUGUUCGCCAGCAUCCCGCAGAACCAUGAGACAUGGACAUACAUACAGAUCUCCCCGGAGGGAGUAGCAUUGUAUAAGGGCACGAGGCUCCAAACAACACAGCUAAAUUACAACGCAGGUGGUCUGGGGUCUACGACCCUGUACCAGUCUUACUUUGUUUGUGUGACUGAAGACGUGGAGAAGACGAUCACGGCCAUCCAGUACGGCAAAACGCCUGAUAAUGAGGAGCGGCCGCAUGUGUGGUUGAGUUUUUCAUUCAAGGAGUUAGCGUCCCUUAGAUACUAUUCCUUCGGCAGUGGAGAGUAUCCCGUCAAGGUUAUGGGACUGUCGUUGCUAGACAAACAACCAAAGGACUUCAUUAUCUGCAGAGAAGGGACUGAGUUGCUCAAUGGCAUGUGUCAACAGAAAUGUCAUACCGAGUGUGAGGGUUGUCGUACCAGCGGAUCAAACUCUUCAGUUGACUGUAUCGCCUGUAAACAUCUAAAGGUGUCUUAUCCCUACAUAGAGGGGGAAACCGGCAGCUUUGAAUGUGUUCCACAGUGUCCACAGCACAUGGAAGUUGUGUCCACACAAACCUGCACAUGCAUAAAGAAGAUGGAAGAGGUCCACCCUAAUGGUGUCGUUGACUGUGUGACAGAAUGUCCUCUGACCCACUUUGACAAUAACAACGAGUGCAGAAAAUGCAGCAGCUUUUGUAAAGACGUCAGAGACGUAGGGGCAAGGGUGUGCUCAGGACCUUCUUCAAGCGACUGUGACACAUGCAAAUAUCAACAUGAGGGGAGAUGCUUACAAGGGUGCAGUCCUGGUCAGAAAGCUGUCGGAGAGAGCGGUACCUUUAUAUGCCGCCAAUGCCAGGCCGGACAUGAGUGCAAGCUGGGUGACGAGCGGGAAGACAUCUGUGCAGCGGGAACGGCCAGUAAUGACAAUAGGACAGCGUGCGAGCCGUGCGCAGCAGGGCUGUUCAGCGGUUCAGCGGGCGCCGCGUCCUGUCAGCAGUGCCCGCCUGGGACGUACAGCACGGGCGGGGGCUCCACAAGAUGCUCAACCUGUCCUGCUGAAACGUACAGCAAUGCAGGGGCGUCCACAUGUGAAGGUUGCCAUGCUGGCUACCGAGUGCAUCUUGCAAACUGCUACAAGGCUUUUAACGAUAAGAAGUCGUAUGUUGAUGCUGCCUCGGUGUGCCGCGCUGACGGCGGUCGUCUGGCCACACCCCGCGACAAGAUUACCAACCAGUUCCUGAUCACAUUGAAGAACAAGCUUGAUGAUUCUUCGUGGUUCUGGCUGGGCAUGGACGAUCGGGGUCGGGAGGGAAGUUGGCGGUACAUUGAUGGAACUCGCCUGGGAGAGUUCCAACCCUGGGCUCCAGGGGAACCAAACCAACAUGGAGGGAAUGAGGACUGUGGCAUGUUCUACCAGAACCCGAGAAAUGAUUGGAACGACCAAGAUUGCUCUUCCAAACUGUAUUUCAUCUGUCAAAUGCCUUUUAAAACAAAUGAAGAUGUUACCAGCCUGGGUUGUUGGAGGGACACUCCAAACCGCGCCAUUCCAAUGCUCGAGGGAACAGAUCCGCAACUAGAUGGCGUUUAUUUGGAGCGCAGCGACGCGCUAAGAAAGUGCUACCAGGUAGCUCGCUCUCGUGGUCUUGCCGUCUUUUCUGUACAAAAUGGCGGGCAGUGUUUCGGCUCUGCUUACGACAGCACCUACAACAAGUACGGACCAUCUACUGCAUGCAAAAUGGACGGCGAAGGUGGACCAUGGGCAAAUGAAGUCUAUCAGAUAAUCACAGGUUAGUACCAGUGAAUUGAUGGAUACCAUCGACUCAAGCCAGCACAUGGAAUCAUCCUGACGUCACGAACUUGGGUUGUUGAUUUGAUCAAAUGUUCGUUUACGAUCACUGAAUUUUAUUUCAGCUUGAGACCACAUUUUAUGAUGAUACCAUCAUUCACAUUAAUCUUGUAAUAUCUAGACCACACUGAAAUUAUUG